AUGGCCAGCGUAGUACUAGUGAGUCUUGUUUCAAUACUCUUGCUUUGCAUUACAAUAACACAAGGAAGAAACACACUUCACACUAGCAAUGAAUUUUCAGCCUCCUCUUUAGUUUCUACCAAUGAUGGUAUCUGCAAAACUAUGGUAGAGACACAAGGUUACAUAUGUGAAGAACAUAAGGUUACAACACAGGAUGGCUUCAUCCUGAGCUUGCAGAGAUUACCGGCGGGGCGGUCCGGCAAGAAAAUACAUAACCAAAUUAUUACAAUAUUGAAUAUGCAAAGUACAUGUAUGUUUGAGUCCUAUGAUUAAUUUCAGGAUGCUGUAACAUGGCUGUUAAACUCUCCAGAAGAAUCAUUGGGAUUUAUUUUAGCAGAUAGUGGAUUUGAUGUGUGGCUUUUCAAUGGCCGCGGCACAAAAUAUAGCAGCAUGCACACAUCAUUAACUCCUAAUGAUAAGGCUUAUUGGGAUUGGUCAUGGGAUGAAUUAGCUAGUUAUGACCUUCCUGCUUCAGUUGAAUAUGUAUACAACUAUACUGGUCAAAAAAUGCACUAUGCUGGUCAUUCUCAAGGAACUUUAAUGGCUUUUGCUGCUUUGUCACAAGGACAACUUCUGAAUAUGUUGAGAUCAGCUGCAUUACUUAGUCCAAUUGCUCAUAUGAAUCAAAUUCCUUCAAUUGCAACAAAACUUGCUGCUGACCUAUUUAUAGCUAAUGAUAUAUAUUGGUUAGGCAUUCGUGACUUCAAUCCUAAUAUAGAUGUUGGAGCAAAGUUUUUGAAAGACAUAUGCAACACUCUACAUCUUAACUGCGCCCACUUAAUGUCACUUUUCGCAGGUCCAAGUUGUUGCAUAAAUUCAUCUAGGAUAGAUGUCUAUCUUGAUCAUGAACCACAACCAACAUCAACCAAAAACUUGAUCCAUUUUUCUCAAAUGAUAAGAACAGGGAAAAUAGCAAAGUAUGAUUAUGUUGAUCAAGCACAAAAUGUACAACACUAUGGUCAACGAGUUCCCCCAACUUAUGAUUUGACCAAAAUCCCAAAUGAAUUACCACUCUUUCUAGGUUAUGGAGGGAAAGAUAUGCUAGCUGAUGUACAAGAUGUAAAGGUUUUGCUCAAUGACCUCCAAGAUCAUGAUGCUAACAAGCUUGUGGUAGUUUUCAUGCCAGAUUAUGCACACAGUGAUUUUACUAUGGGUGUCGAUGCUAAACAAGACGUUUAUGAUCCCAUGAUAGCUUUUUUCAAUGGUUACUGA